AUGGAAAACUCUGAAAGCUCAGCCAACACUACAACACCCUAUCCUGAAACUCUUGAUAGAAAAGAAAACAGUCUUUAUCAUUUAGUAGCGUCUCGCGAAAUAAUGUGGCAUCAUGCAGUUGAAGGAGUAGAUCUUCUUAGGAAGUACAAGGUUGACCCAACAACAAGAAACAAAGACGGAAAGACUCCAUUAAUGAUGAUACGUCUGAACAGUGACCCAAGGUAUCGCUUGAUUGAAGAAAGUGUUAAAAGCUUUGCACCAGAUAAUACUAAGAAAAAGAACAAGAGGAGAAAGAAAAAGAAAAACAACGAGAGAAUUGCUAUGCCGACUCCAAGCAAAUGCAAGAAAGAUGAAGAAGUAAAGCAGGUUAUACCAAGCGUCGAGGAAGAACCAGUUCCUCCAGUUCAUUGUCCAACCGAGAUUGAAAUAUUACGUGAAAAGAUUUCCCAAGCUAUCGAACAUUUUGAAAUUAAAAUUGCAAAUGAAACAGAACAAUCAGAGUGCAGUGAAGUUAAGGAAACGGGUGAAAUUGACCAGAAUAUUACUACUAAUAGCAACGAAAUUAUUUCUCCUGAAGAGUUGAUCGUCAACACGUUGGCAACCGAGAACGAAGUGGUUGAAGAUAAAGAAUCUCUUCCAGGGCAAAGUUUUAAUGUUGUCCAUGAAAAUUAUGAAGAGGUGAAUGAUAACUUAGUUGAUGAUGAUGACGUGUGUGACAACAUGCUUGAUAAUCUAACAUGGGAAGUGGAAUGCACCUCUGAAGUGUGGAAAAAGCUCAAGAACAAAAAGUUACCAUGUGACAAGAAGAGGCAAAUUGUGAGAAUAAUCCGACAAUUGGCAAAUGGACAAAUGCGAGGAAGCCGAGCCAAACGAUUGGUAAUUGGUAAGGAAUCAAAAAUCCGUUUGUUUGAAGCGAAACUUGAUAAAUCAGCUCGUAUUUUAUGGGAACGUGCGAUUGCUUUCUCCCCCCGUUGCAGCGCCUUAUCAGAUAACAAAAAUGAAAAUGGAGGUGGAAUUUAUACCGAAGUGAUUAGAAUUUGGGACAUCGUAUUCGACCAUGACACAGUGCCUAGGAAGAUCGAGAAAAUUGUUCGUUCCUAUAAUCGUGGUACGAGUUGUUUUAUCAAGAAGAAUCUUAAAGGGAUCCCAGUCGAUAGUUCAUCUUUGUCAAAACAUAAUGAUCGAGAUUGUAUACCAAAAAUAUACGUCACGAGAGAAGAUAGCGACCAGCAGGUUGAGGAAAGUAAAAAACCGUGUAGCUCUACUGAAUUGUCUAAGAUGUUCUUUCCACCUGGAAGCCCGGAAGAAACGGAGUAUCACAUUCUUAAGUUUUACGAAUUCUCCAACGCCAUGGUUGACGCUAUGCUUGGUAAUCAAACUAAGACAAGUUUUGAUUUUCCUUUUCGUGUAUCUGAACUGGAACACUCUGUUAUUAAUCUGGCACCAAAACGAACGACCUCAAUUCUCCUGCUCGGACGCAGUGGAACAGGAAAAACAACAUGUUGUCUUUAUCGUUUGUGGAAUAAUUAUCAAACAUAUUGGCAGCGGAACACGCUCGAUGAACCUAGUAUUCCAAAUGUUGCACAAUUUAUUCCACGAGGGACCGAUGUAAUCCCUGAUGCUGAAAGCGAAGAAGAAGGUGGGAAUGAAGCGUCCGUGCGUGAAGAAAGAAGUAGUACCUCGUCGCACGAUGCCAUAGAAGAUGAUCAAGGCUGCUCAAGCUCUAGUUUACAGCAAGAUUCCAGGCCACCAAUGGAACAAGGUUACCAAGAGUCGUGUUGCCAAAGCGAUGAAAUUGAGGGUGUACCGGCUGCUGGGAGCGAACAAACUUUAGAACAUCUUCAUCAGGCAUUUAUCACGAAGAACGCGGUGUUGUGUAAAGAAGUUCAGAAGAAUUUCAUCGAGUUAAGUCAGGCAUGUUUUACAGCACAAAAUCAUGUUGACAAUCAGCAAUCCUUGUCAGUUUACAAAUUUGAUCAACUUGAAGAACAAGCAUGGCCUUUGUUUAUUUGUUCUCGUGACUGGCUGUUAAUGUUAGAUGCAUCCUUGCCUGGUAAACCGUUCUUCCCGAGAGACGAAGAUGGCAAAUUGGAAAGAUCUGUCAAAGGGUGGGGUGAAGAAGAUAACAAUCUGCAAGAAAUACCAGUAGACUAUUCCGAAGAUGAAGAUGAAGACGAUGAAGAAAUUGAAAGCAAGCCCACGGCAGAUCGCGAGCUUAUAGCAGAAGGUGAAGCGGAUCUUCGACGGGAAAUUACGUAUCAAGUGUUCAAGAAUGAGCUGUGGCGGAAAAUGACAAAGAAAAAGAAAGUGGAUUAUCAUCCUAGUCUUGUGUGGACAGAGAUAAUAUCGUUCAUUAAAGGAUCUGUCGAAGCACUUCAUAGUGACAGUGGUUACAUAACGUGGGAAGAAUAUCAGACCAUAGGAAAGAAGAGGGCAUCAAGUUUUACUGCGGAUCGAGAAACUAUCUAUGAAUUGUUUUUGGCUUACAAACGCAUUAAACGCAGUGAGGGUAUGUUCGAUGAAGCUGACGUGGUUCACAACAUUUAUCAUCGCCUCGAACAUCACGUCCCAGCAUGGUCUAUUCAUGAGAUUUAUGUGGAUGAGACACAAGACUUCACCCAAGCUGAGUUGUCUGUUAUCAUUCGUUCAUGUCGUAAUCCUAAUAGAUUAUUCUUUACUGGAGAUACUGCUCAGAGUAUUAUGAGAGGAAUUGCCUUCCGCUUCAGUGAUCUCAGAUCCCUAUUCUACUAUAUGAAAGAAUCUGUUAAAUCUGUUGGCCAAGAAGCAGAAGUCGUUGUUCCUGACAGAGUUUACGAACUCACUCACAAUUAUCGAUCUCAUGCUGGUAUCUUGAACUUAGCUUCAAGUGUCACUGAUUUGUUAUCUCACUUUUUCCCGGAGUCGUUUGAUAAAUUGGCACGUGACCAGGGAUUGUUUGAAGGUCCUAAACCAGUCCUUUUGGAGUCGUGUAGUUUCAGUGAUCUCGCUGUAAUUCUUCGUGGUCACAAACGGAAAACUUCACCAAUAGAAUUUGGCGCUCAUCAAGUCAUUCUUGUUGCUUCUGAUGAAGUUCGAGAUUCACUUCCUGAAGAACUGAGACUUGCUCUGGUCAUGACUAUUUAUGAAGCAAAGGGUUUAGAAUUUGACGACGUAUUGAUAUACAACUUUUUCAAAGACUCGCAGGUAAGAUUGUCAGUAUGUAAGGUCGCGCAAAUAUUCAGGCUGAACAGUAGUCAUUAA